AUGCGAAGAUUACUUCAAAAGCAAGGAAUACAACAUCAGGGAGGAGUUCCGUAUCACCCUCAGACUACCGGACAAGUUGAGAAUGCAAAUAGAGAUAUCAAGGCCAUAUUGGAAAAGACAGUGGCUCGGCAUAGAAAGGAUUGGAUUGACAAACUUAGCGACACGCUAUGGGCUUUUCGGACUGCUUAUAAGACACCGAUAGGGACUACUCCAUACAGAUUGGUAUAUGGAAAAGCAUGUCAUCUUCCGGUUGAGAUCGAACACAAGGCAUAUUGGGCCAUUAAAAAACUGAAUGAAGAUCUAACCAUAGCAGGACAGGAGAGAAUACUACGACUAUUUCCUGGAAAACUCAAAUCGCGAUGGACAGGACCAUAUAUUGUUACAAAGGUUUUUCCUUAUGGAACUCUAGAGAUCAUGCAUCCCGAGAAAGGAACUUUCAAAGUAAAUGGCCACCAAGUCAAGAAAUACUAUGGGAUGGAAAAUGCGCAGGGGAUAGUCCAGUGUUGCAGGCUAGUACCCUGGGAUGCUGAAUCUCGUUGCAAGAACAUGAGAAUCAUCUAUCUAAGCAUUAUGAGCGGUAUGACGUGGGAUGCUUACUAG